AUGCACACAUCUGUAGUAUUUAUGUUUGUAUGUAGGAGUUCUCAUGAUGAUGAUGAUAAUAUUGUUCCAUGCGAUGCUGGAUACUUGGAAGUUGAAAAUGCAUGGCGGCGGGAAUUUGGUUUGUCUACAACUUUCGCCAAGGGAAGUGUUGGCAACAAUGAAGAACGUGCCUUUGGUGCCAUAGACCCAGUUUAUAUAUCAGGAGGACAACAAUGUAUUUGCCCACCAGGACCACCUGGUCCACCUGGAUUACUUGGCUCCCUCGGUGCACAAGGUGACCGAGGUGAUGCAGGAAAUCCUGGAAGAGAUGGUCCACCGGGACCUGUCGGACCGCCUGGAGCAGUCGGACCAAACGGUCCAGAUGGAGCAAUUGGACCUGUUGGAGCAACCGGCAGACGUGGGGCACAAGGAUCCCCUGGACGUAUUGGUCCCCCGGGACCACCCGGUCCAACUGGACCAAUUGGACCCACUGGAGCACAGGGUCUUGUAGGAAUUGCAGCUGAAUGGGAUUCAAGAUUUUUUGAGUAUAAAAUGGCUCUCAUCAAUCAUAAACCAAACAUAACUCAUUCAACAAUGAAGAUUCUUUUGCCAAUUGUUUUUUGUUUCUCUCUAGCUUACGCUACCAAGCCUCGAGCUUUUGGUGCGAUUGGUGCUGCUAUUGGUGCAGGCAGUUCGCAACCAUUGAUUAUUUCUGGUCAACAACAAAUGGCUAUUGGACCACCAGGACCACCUGGUCCCCCAGGUCAAGCUGGUCCUAAAGGACCAACUGGUAACCGUGGAGAACGUGGUGAAGAAGGAAGACCCGGACCACCGGGACAAAUGGGUCCACCUGGUGAAACUGGAGCAGAUGGAAGACCUGGUUUCCCUGGACCACAAGGACCUGUUGGGUCGUCUGGAUCAAGAGGUGUAAUUGGACCGAUUGGACCACCUGGUCCAUUAGGACCAACUGGUCCACCAGGACCAACCGGACAAAUGGGUCUUGCAGGGGCUGCAGCCGGUAAAUAGCUUGUUGUAUUUGAAACAGAUACUGAUGAAGAACCAGAAGACUAUAGUUUUUAUGU